GCUCUCCCGGCGCAGAGAAGGAAAGCAAACAAGUUGAUUCCGAAGAAGGGUCGAUUCAGCCAAAGCUGCACUAGAUCUUUUUUUUUAAGCAUCCCUUUGGAGCCCCUCUCCCCGUCCCUUCUGAGCGCGCAGUGACAGAAGGAGGGACGGGAGAACCGGGCGGACGGACCCUGAAGCUGCGCGUCUUCCCCGGUGCAGGACCCAUUGGAUGCGGGAUGAUGGAUUAACAGCCUAGGCUGUGCCGCUUGACGCACGACCCCCUUGUCCACCUCGGGAUUAUUUCGGCUCUCACUGACCCCCCCUCCUUCCCUCUCGAGAUGACCGAGGAAUAUGUUUUGCGGUGCGUCCUGAUGCUCUGCUGCGCGCUUCUCUCGGCCAACGCGAGUAACUGGCUGUACCUCGCCAAGCUGUCAUCAGUGGGGAGCAUCAGGGACGAGGAGACGUGUGAGAGGUUACGAGGCCUGAUCCAGAGACAGGUUCAGAUCUGUAAGCGGAGCGUGGAGGUGAUGGAUGCGGUACGUCGUGGAGCCCAGCUGGCUAUAGAUGAGUGUCAGUUUCAGUUUCGCAACCGUCGAUGGAACUGCUCCACACUGGAGUCGAUGCCUGUGUUUGGGAAAGUGGUCACGCAAGGCACCCGUGAAGCAGCCUUUGUGUAUGCCAUCUCAGCAGCCAGUGUGGCGUUUGCGGUCACGAGGGCCUGCAGCAGCGGGGAGCUGGAAAAAUGUGGUUGUGACCACAAUGUACAUGGAGUCAGUCCAGAGGGGUUCCAGUGGUCAGGCUGCAGCGAUAACAUUGCAUAUGGAGUGGCCUUCUCUCAGUCCUUUGUCGAUGUGAGGGAGAGGAGUAAAGGCCAGUCCUCCAGUCGGGCUCUCAUGAACCUGCACAACAACGAGGCCGGCAGAAAGGCCAUCCUGUCUCACAUGCGUGUGGAGUGCAAAUGCCACGGCGUCUCAGGCUCCUGUGAGGUGAAGACCUGCUGGAAAGCCAUGCCACCAUUUCGCAAGGUGGGCAACAUCAUCAAGGAGAAGUUUGACGGCGCUACCGAGGUGGAGCAGCGGAAGGUGGGCACAACCAAAGUCCUUGUUCCUCGCAAUUCCCAGUUCAAACCUCACACGGAUGAAGACCUGGUCUACCUGGAACCGAGUCCAGAUUUCUGCGAUUACGAUCCACGCACGCCAGGGAUGCUGGGCACGGUGGGUCGCCAGUGUAACCGAACAUCCAAGGCCAUCGACGGCUGUGAGCUGAUGUGCUGCGGCCGUGGCUUCCAGACACAGGAGGUGGAGGUGGUGGACAGGUGCAGCUGUAAGUUCCACUGGUGCUGUUACGUCAAAUGCAAACAGUGCCGUAAAAUGGUGGAGAUUCACACGUGCCGGUGAUGGAGGCGGAGGCACAGAGGGAACUGCUGAUAGACAAAAAAUGCCCCGUACUCCUGAUCGGCUAAAGAAAAGAGGGAGUAGGGAGGACUUGUUUAGUUCCUUCGUCUCCUUUAACCAUCCCAGCCUCCUACUGCUAUUCAACAGACACAGACUGAUUGCCCGAGAGGUCAAAGGUCAUCCGAUCCUUUAUUUUUUUUUGCCACCUUAGUGGACAACAGUAGAUUAGGCAUGGGAUUUCCUAUAAAGCUACAGUCUGUUUGUUUCUUCUCAAGUAGAGAGCAUCUUUCAGUUCCUGAUUCGCUCCCUCACAGUCAUAUUUAGUUUGUCAUUGAUCCUUAUUUUUGUAAUGUUUAACUUAUUUGUUGAGAGUUUUUGCUGAGGGGGUUGACAGGGGCAGUUAUAGAAGGACUACAGACAAACCGACGAGUGGAGUUUAUCAUGGACAAACUAGACAAACGGCUAGGCAGUUUGGGGGUUUGGGGGUUGUGUUAAGGAGGAGGGUUGUUGGCCGUCAGCCCUUGUUGCUGCUGCUGCUUCAGGGACUCACUUGGAGACAAAAAUGGAGACUGCGAGUCUGUCACAGGACAGGCGAAAACAACAAAGAGGAACACUUUGUGAUUUGCUUUCUGAGUAUACACGGCUGCGCUGAGGCUCAUUUGCCUCUGAGUCGCUUAUUUUGCCCUCCGCAACACCCUGAUGCUGCUCUACUCACUCAUCCACUGUCUUCCUACCGACGAGAGGACGAUGACGGACGGACGAAAGCCACUGUCAGCUGUGUCCUGUUUUUUUUCAGUAGGCAGGUGAUGGGCGUCGGUCAAACAAAACACUCACACCUGCAUUCACCCACAGCUGCUAGCCACAAACACACACCAGACAGCUUCCACGGAAAACACUUUCUACGUCAGCUUCGGCGCAUGUCCUCAGCAUCACCCUGUGUGCUCGUUUGGGAAUCGACGCGGGUUCUGACCUUCUGCUGUACGCUGUCAUCUGCCAAAUGCUAGUCAGCUUAAUGCAAACAACACACAGUCAAGUUAACACACAGCGACAUGCACGCAUCUCCAAACAGACAUAAUGUAAAUACACAUUCAGACAUACAAAGAAAGGGGUCUGCCAGAGGGUUGCCGAGCAUGUUCAUCACACAUGAUGACUGAAGCACUUUCUCUCCAAGCGCACAUAGAGCCCUCGCCCUACAGCAACAAACACAAAAUCACACGACCAAGUGUUCCCUGUUCCUUUCCUAACACGCACGCACACACACACUACACACACAGUUUCUCAUGCCACUUUCAGGACUCUACUGUCAUCUUGUACCACCAUCAUAAAGCCAAGCUUUCCUAUAAUAACUUGCUAUCAUCAUAGAGACAUACUGUAGAUCUGUAAAGACUUAUACACUGAAGACUAUA